AAUACAUAUUACGUGGAAUGAUAAGAAAUCAACCCGCAGGAUUUGAGAUUUAUGGUAUCAUUAGUACGCGGGGUGCUGAGGCCCUGAGUACUUAUGAGUAGUCAAAGAUCUUUGACCGGUCGCCCCUUGCUGGGCAUGUUCCUUUAUCAUGGCUCGAUACUAGCGCCUCCAUCCGACGCUCUCUUAAACAUGGAUUCACAAACCUUCAUUCAUCUCUCAACCAUCCUCCAGUCCCAGAACUAUUUUUUCGCAUCACUAGUGGCCUCUUGGGUCUACGAUUGUUUCCUAACCUUGGAUCAAGAGGUAUCUUUGAUUCAUUGGCCACGGUGGAGCAAAGGAAGUAUUCUUUACAUCGUGACGAGAUACAUGCCAGCCUUGAUGCUCUCUGUACACUUAUUCAUGAAUUAUCUCCCGAAUGAAAAAAUUGUGACUUGUAAAAUAUUACAGUCAAUGUGGUAUUGUACUGCUGCAUUGUGCAUGACUGGUGCAGAAGGUAUCUUCAUGCUUCGUACCUAUGCAUUGUGGGGACAAAAGAAAUUCAUUCUGGGCCUUAUGUUGUCAACGGCACUCGGCCUGAUAAUCUUGAACAUGGUAAUAGCACUGGAGGUUUGGAAGCAGUCGAAACCCCACCUAUCAGACAUGGGUGGCGGUUGUUACUCACUAUCACACAACACGAAGGCUGCAUAUAAUUGGUCACUUUUAGCAGCAUUCGAGUUUGGUGAGAUCACGAAGCCAUAAAUGUAGUCGAAUCCUCACUUUUUGCCUCAGAGAUCAUAGUACUCACCAUGAUUCGUGUAUAUUGGGCAUACCGCGAAAGAAGGUCUCUGCUGCUCAAUAUCCUUCUUCAACACAACAUGUUUUACUUCGGAACUGGGCUAAGCAAGUAGCACCUUCAUGACUGUCAAAACGGAAUUAAUUUUUCAAUCCUAGCACUAUCCGUGCUCAAUCUUUUAGCCAUUGAAUGGCUACCGGUG